ACCGACCAGACCUUCUGUCAGCUGCUACUCAGCCGAUCUCAGUUUUUGUGCGUUAAGUGCACUAAUUAAUUCAAGGUGUCUUAAUUUAAUUUAAACCACUUUUUUCGAGUCAUCGUAAAUUCUACAAUGUGAUUUAAACAUGUGUAAACUAUAAAUUUAUCCGAUUUUAAUGCGAGUGUCAAAAAAUAUGAUCAUUUUUAAGUGAAUCGCGAUAAUUGUAUUGAUAUAAAAUAUUAAUAAAAUCCUUGAAUUUUAUUACAGUUCACAGGUAAUAUUCAGUGUCUUAUCACAACUUCUGACAAAUUUUAUUCCGUCACACCCAACAAACUGGAAACAGGACAACAUGGAUCACAAUUUAUCUCUGUGUAAUAAACAAGGUGAAAUAAAUUCAACCCCUUCACCUGUCCAACCUCCGAUUCGACAUCGGCGACGCCAUCACAAACGACCCGGACGCGACGAUUUAAUAAAGAUCCGUGAAAAUUCGCCACCCCGCAAUUUCCACUCCAAUAUUCACCCUGCCGACCUCGAACUACUAAAAACCCUUCCUCCAUCGGAAUUGUUAUCUCAAUUAGUGGUGUCCACCAACUCCAUCACUACCCAAGGUCGUGAAACGCAUUGUAUAAUCCUUGCACAGUUAACGAAUCUGCUGCAGCGGAAGUUUAUGAAAAUAAAACUCUGCCCAGUCGUGACCAGUCUGGGCUACGACACCUCCCAGGUGGAAAUCCUGGUGGAAAACUUUUCCGAAAAAGAGCUUAACAAAUGUGAGAUCAACACUGCUGCAAGUCAAGUCGCACAAAUUCUGCGAACUUCAAAUCUCACCCAAGUACGAAUUGACAACGUUCAACUGUUCAGAAAAGAAGGAUUUCAGUCGAUACAUUGUGUCGCUAGGACGACCACAAUGGGUGAAGCGGAUGUAUUCCUAUCUUUUGUAAAUGUGGGGCAAGUCCAGUUAUCGAGAUUGGGUGACUUCUACGUAAAAUUGCACCCUGUGAUUGAACCUGUGGUGAAAUUGGUGCAAUUGUGGGCUGAUUAUCACCAAUUUUAUGAAAUAUCUAAGGAAUGUUUAACAUGGAUGGUGUUAAUGUAUGCUGGGUAUGAAGAAAUCAUCCCCUCAGUGGAUAGAAUGCAGUCGUUUCUUAAAUAUGAGUAGGAUCAAAUUAAUGGUAAUUUUAUCAAGAUUUAGCUGAAUGAUUUUUAAUCGGAUUUCUUCCUCAUGCAUGGACUUGCAGCAAUCCUACUACUACCAGAGAUUUUUGGGAAUUUUUAUUCCAAAUUUCCAAUUUUCCCCGAGUUUAUAUUUAUUACCCUAUAAGCCCAAUGUUAAAAUAAAUUCCCUGGGAAUUUUUCCAAAAUCUACAUACUUUCACUACCUGGGAAUUAUAGAACUCUAGUCAUACAUUAAUUUUUGCAAGAUGGGACGUUACCAUACCACUUCAAGCUGAUGCAUUAAAAAUCCUUUCUGAAUUUCCACCAAGUAUUCCAAUACACUCAAGUGACGAUUUUGCCACAACAGUGAUGGAGAUGGUUAAGGAAUUCUUCCAUUAUUACGCCAAACUUGAUUUUGAAAAAGACUUCGUUUGUACAAACACCUUACAAAUUGUGUCCAAGACCGCCCUAAGAGCGGGCUCAACACCCAAACCACAUGAAGAAGAAGGCGUCCUCAAAUAUUUGAAGUGGUUUCGUACCAAACCAAAAAACGAGAAAUCACUCUUCGAUAAUAUUCCGACCUCUUUUUGCAUUCAGAAUCCUCUCUGUCUCAACCUCAACUUGGGCAGAGGGGUGAGGAAGGAAAUAAUCACCCACUUUCAACACGUUUGUUCAACCACGUACAAACAUAUGGAAGGAAAACCACCAGUUAUUUCUUUCUGGGAUAUUUUGUUCCCAAUUCCGUCCACAUUGAUGACACGUAUCCUUCCAAAAAAUUAUAUCCCGGUCCAAGAUUUGCAAAAUAUUGUGACCGAAGUAUACACAAGUUUAAAGAAAUCUUCGCCCCAUGAGACCUGUGGUUGGCUCGGAUUACGAAUCAAACCCCCAAAAAACUUUGUGUACCAGUUUGUAUUCUCCAUGAACGAAUUGAAUAUCACGCAAGUAUUUGGUUUCUGGAUGCUCUUUCGGAAACUUGAAGUUUUCUGGGGGACGGUGGUAGACGAUUUUCUGGAAACAUUUUUACAGAAAUGUUUUAAUACAGUGGUUACACAAAGAGACCAAAAUACGGUGGAAGACAAGAGAUCAAAUCCUCCCCGCAAGUCUCGCAAAUACGUGGAAAUUUUGUUUGCCAAGACCAACCCGGAUACACUUCAAUGUGCUCCGGACAAAUUCCGGAGUGUAAAUAUGUUGUCGAAAUUAAGAGUUCUUAAAAGUUUGGAAAAGUUGGCACAGCCCAUUGUGGGAUUCAUGACUUGUACCAUUCUAAAAUGUACGUGCUCAACGCCAAUAAAAUUGGAAAGGGAGACAAAUGCUGGACAAUUCCUAACACCUCCUGCGAAAAGGAUGGCAGUGGAAAACUCUUUGGACGGAAUGUGCGAAUCUUUUCACCAAACUGAAAAUACUGGCGACGAGCCACUGCAUUUUGAAAUAUUCGUCAAGAUGGAGUCACAUUUGGGCUACGCGUUACCUAUAAUCGAGGUGGUAUUCAGAUCGGUGGAUGACAAAGAGAUGAAGCGUAUACAUGUCCUUACCGAAGCGAUUUCGCAAAAUUUCCCGACGUAUGCGAUGGAAAGACUUCGGUCGUUGUUACUAUGCGAAGGCUAACCGGGUGAAGUAAGGAGAAAGUGUGCCAUUAAGCAACGAAUUGUUAAGAUUUAUCUAAAAUUCAGUUUUAAUAAAUCCAUUCAUGCAAAUAUG